GAACCCUGCCGGGGUGAGGCGUGCGGGAGGGAGGCACGGACCGUCCCCGCACUCGCAGCCCGUGGGGAGCGGGGGCAGCCCGGGAAAAGCCCCCGCUGCAGGGCCGGUACGCGGCACUCGCCGCUCCGCCCUGCCUUCGUCGGACACUGCCAGUACGGUCCCAGGAUUAAUUUUUCUCCAUCUCUAUUUACAUGGUGAUAAGAAGUGCUAAUCCCACUCUGUCAGUCUGGACUGAUGAAUCUGAGGAAUAGAACAGAGCCCUGUGUUGUGUAAACGAACUGAUGGAUGAAGAUGAGAAGGACAGGGCAAAGAGGGCAUCACGCAACAAAUCUGAGAAGAAGAGGAGGGACCAGUUCAAUGUCCUCAUUAAGGAGCUUUGCACGAUGCUGCAGGGCCACGGCCACCCUCUCAAGAUGGACAAGUCCACAAUACUGCAGAGGACCAUCGACUUCCUACAGAAGCAGAAAGAAAUCACAGCACAGACAGAAGCCUGUCAGAUUAGACAAGAUUGGAAGCCUUCAUUUCUUAGCAACGAGGAGUUCACCCAGUUGAUGUUAGAGGCACUAGAUGGCUUUCUCAUUGCUCUUACCACUGAUGGGAUUAUUAUUUAUGUAUCUGACAGUGUUUCGUCUCUGCUGGGACACUUACCGUCAGAUUUGGUGGACCAAAAUAUAUUGAACUUUCUGCCUGAGGGGGAGCAGAGCGAGGUGUACAAGCUCCUUUCUCCACAUGUGCUCAUGACAGAUCCUGUUGCAGCUGAUUUUCUAAAUGCAGAAAAACAAAUAGAGUUUUGUUGCCAUUUAGCAAGAGGCAGCUUAGAUCCAAAUGAACCCCUGAUGUAUGAAUAUGUGAAAUUUGUAGUGGAUUUUAAAUAUUUUACUCAUGUGCCUACACCCUCCUGUAAUGGCUUUGAGUCAGCUAUUGCACGGGCUUUCAGGUCAGCCACGGAGGAGCAGAUCUGCCUGGUCGCGACUGUUCGUCUGGUCACGCCGCAGUUCCUGAAGGAGCUUUGCAACGUUGAAGAGCCAUGUGAAGAAUUUACAUCAAGGCAUAGUUUAGAAUGGAAGUUUUUAUUCUUGGACCACAGGGCUCCACCUAUUAUAGGAUAUUUACCCUUUGAGGUUCUGGGAACAUCAGGGUAUGAUUACUACCACGCAGAUGACCUGGAGCUUCUUGCUAGGUGCCAUGAACACUUGAUGCAGUUUGGAAAAGGCAAAUCCUGCUACUAUCGGUUCCUGACCAAAGGGCAGCAGUGGAUAUGGCUGCAGACACACUACUACAUCACCUACCACCAGUGGAACUCCAAGCCUGAGUUCAUCGUUUGCACUCAUCUGGUAGUUAGUUAUGCAGAAGUUCGGGCUGAGAGAAGGCGAGAUCUUGGCCUCGAAGAGUCAUCAAUUGAACUGGCAUCCUCUUCUCUAAAGAGCCACAGCAGCUACCUGGAGGUGGGGCAGUGCGGCAGCAGCCAGGACGCCAGCCGGGAGGGAGUGUCGCUGUCCUCGCACAGCUCCCGGCGCUCCUCGCACACCACCCUGUCCGACUCCACCUCCACGUCGUCCAUGCGGCGCACGGACACCAGCACUCCCACCCGGCCGUCGGUGCCGGGGGCUCCGGGGGACAAGGCAGCCCUGCGGCUGGCAGCGGCCGGCAGCACACAGGCCAUAGCCACUCCUCAAGCCCGUGGUGAGCACCCCUCUCAGCACCCCAUGGCCCAGCUGGCAGUGCCCUCCCAGCACCCUGUGGUGCCCAUGUACCAUUUCCCCACCCAGCUGGGGAUGAUGCACCAGCUGAAAGAGCAGCUGGAGGAGAGGACUCGCAUCCUGCAAGCUGACAUCAAAACGCAGCAAGAGGAGCUCCAUGUCAUCAAGGAGCAGCUCCAGCUUGUGCAGGACUCCAACCUGCAGAUGCUGAUGCAGCAGCCGAUCCCCGUCAUCCUGAACUCCGUGCAGCAGCCCAGCCCCCGGAGGCCGCCGCCGCAGGGGACGCCCAGGCAGACCACGGCCAAGAAGUCACAGCAGCCAGCCCUGACGGGGACAAAGCACUACUGCAGCACCCACCUGCUGUCACCGCACCCAUUCCUCAGGGACCCCUGUGGCACAGCCCCCCAGGUACAGCAGCAGAAGCAGCAGCACCCAGUGAGAGGAAGCCAAGGCCAGCAAAUGUCUGUGCCAGGGCAGGCCAGCAUCUCCGUGCCCUUCUACAACAACCCCAUGGUGUUCCCCCAAGCACACCCCAUCGCCGUGGCUGCACAGGGGCCGACUGACAGCAGUGAGAGGCAGCCUCCAGCUGACUACAGCCAGGACAGGAGCCUCAGGAUGCUGUUGGAUCAGUCCAUCCAAGCCAUGAUGCCCGCAGCCAACAGCAGUUGCCAGCCCGUGCAGAGCAGUGCCAGCAGGCAGCAAGGAAAGUUUGUUGCAGAGCAGCAGUCCCUGCCUCCCCCAGCACAGGGGCAGCCAGUCACCUGCAGCACUGUCCGACCUCCAGCCCCGCCGCCCAUCUUCUCCCCGUCGCUGAUGAUCCCUCACUCCAGCUUCGCUUCCCACCAGGCCAACACACAGCUUCACCUGCACCAGUGGCCACAGCAGCAGGUUCAGCAGCACCGCCUCUACCUUCAGAUGCCAGGUCCUGAGCUGGUGCCGGGGGCUCCGACGCAGCGCAUUUUCCAGCCGCCCCACACCCCGCAGCAGAACCCCUUGAGCUACUUCCUGCACCCGCAGCAGCAGAGCCACCACACGCAGGGCCAGCCCUGCAACCUGCCUGACCUGCCCGAGAUGCAGCUGCCCUGAAGUCGCUGCUGGGAGACAAGGACCGCACGGCUGCAGCCGCUGCGCCCGGGCGCGCGCAGGGGAGCACGGCGCAUCAGACACGGCACGGGAGAGGUGGGAUGCUCUCUGACAGGGAUGCAUGGCUGCAGGGGCCUCGUUUGCUGGGAUUCCCAUGCAACCAGCCCGUGAUGCUGUUCUGGCAGCAGGGUGUGCCCUGGCCCAGCACCGUGGUGCCACUGGGAGUGGUGGCUUUCUUGCUGCAGGGAGGGCAGGUAUCAGGCCAUCGUGAAGCUCGGUUUGCAAUGGAAAAAAAACACUUUUCCAUUCAGGACUUCAAUGAAAGUCACUGUGAAUUUAAGCCCAGCAUUUGGAGCACAUAGACUGUACCAGUCCACAGGACACCAGUGGAUUACCGUGUACAUAACUCGUUUUGCUGUAGUAGGUCCAUUGUGAAUUCUUUUCCUUUUUCUAUACCUCAGUCCCGCAGGUUUUUUUUCCAGGAGUUUGGAUAAUGCUGCUAAUUUACAUAACACCACUUUUGCCUGAAUUUCUUACUGUUGUUAUACCAGCUCACAUCGCAGCUAGUUCAAUAUUUGUCAUGUUUUAUUUUUGGUUAACAAGUGAAGAUAAAUUUGUAUGGUUUUUACUCCCUGUAGCCAAAUAUUUUUCAGGUUACAGACAAAGAAUCUUUACUCUUUUUUUUUUUCUUUUUUUUUUGUUUCAAGUGAUGUAGUUGUAAAUGUUUCUAUUCAUAAAAACAAACAAACAUGCAUAGAACACCAUAUGACAGCAAACUUUAUGGUUUUGCUAGGUCAUGUUUCAAUUUGGCGAACCCAAAAUGUAUAAUCACAACACACGAUGUUACAAGCCCAUAGGGUCAGCAAUAAAUUGUAUUUUUGUAAAUUGUCACUUUUUAACUGUAAGUUUAUAUUUAUGAAUUGAAAAAAGUUUAUUGCUCAGUGGGUGUAUAGUUAAGUGUCCCUACUGUUUGUGUCUUUCCAAAGGAAAAAUUUAAAAGUACAUUUUUGGAGCGUUUUAGUAGCUGAGUAGUAUCUUUGGGCAUUGUUAGAGCCCAAAUGUAGAUGGGUUUGGCCAUUACUAUAAACUUUGCAAGGCAGUGAAGGCAGUGGUUAGUUAGGACCAGAUCCAUCUAGCAGUAAAGCUCUAGCUGGCAGACAGAGCAAGGUUUAGAGGAGUUAGUUCCUAAUGUCUAUUGAAACCAAGUAAAGAAUGCUUGGUUUUGCCUUUUUUUGUUUUUUUGGUUUUUUUUUAAUUUUUAAUAUGGUGUUUGGGUUUUUGGUUUUGUUUGGUUUUGUUUGGUUGGGUUUUUGUUUUGUUUUUUCUUCUUUUCCUUCUGCAAGCCUCUUUCUGGGCCCCUUGCAGCACUGCAGCAGCUGGUGUUCCUGAUGUUACUGGUGGGGCAGCUUUUGGCACGAGUAGCUGCCAGUAGCACUGUGUUUCAAGAAAAGGGCACAGCAGGGCUCCUGCAGCCCUGGGGCAUCAAGGGCUGUUCCCAGCACUUUCUCCUGGGAAGGGGAUGGAGUUUUGCUGUGCCACAUUGCCUGGGGGAGUGGCAGUGGGAGGAUAGGCUGCUGGAGCUGGGGUCAGCCAGGAGCUUUCAGGGACUGGUGCAAGGCCCUAGGGUGCUUUGGUGUUUUGGCCAGGACAGAGGUGGAUUUGUGAACAAAAGCUGUGCCAACCCCUGGCUAUUCAUGGGUCCCCUCCCUUGGGCAAAGGCAGCUGCACGGGUCAGCUUUGACUGGACAUGGAAUGCGCAGCUCCCAGGGCAGCCAGACUCGAUGGACAGAUAGAUGGAUCAUGGGUUGCAGAGCUGGCCAUGUGCAGCAUGCUGGGGAAUGUAGCUGGCCACAGAACGGAGGCCAUGAGGUCCCCAAGAGCCUGGGGUCCACUGUCGGGCUCGUGCCUUGUCAGCGCAGUCCCUGGCUGCUCUUGGACACAGCCUGAGCCAGCCCCUCCAUUUCAAGCCAGCACAAGAAGUCACUGGCUGCAGCAGAGCCCUGGACCAGGGCCACCUCGCUGCUGGUAGGGGGAUUUGGAACACCUGCCUCUGUGGGGCAAUUUGGAACUGAAAUAACACCUGGGGCUUUCCUGCUCUGCAGCUUUGUUCUGCAGGAAGGGCCAGCACAGAGCCUUCAGGAUAGGAAACUUUUGGUUUUAAAGCACUGUUAGUGUUAGGCUCUCCCUGUCUCCAUUCUAAGGCAUCCAGGUUGCUCAUGAGGAUGCGGUAGGAGGGGGUUGUAUUUUUGGGAGCUGUUUGUGGGAUUUUUUCCCACCAUAUCCUUGGUACAUAACAUUAGAGAGGAGGCAAACAUAUAUGUGUUAGGGCUCCAGCAUUGCACAGUUUGUGGCUCAGGGUGGCUGGCUGGAGGGAAACAGUGUGAUUUCCCUGGCUUCCCCAUUAAACCUGCAUCACCCCAGCGCAUCCCCAGGGCUGGUCUGCAGUGUGCCACCACCACACAGCCCAGCCAUGGCUGCUGCAAUCAAAUGGAUCUCAGAGGUGGUGGUGGUUGGAGUCAGGGGCUUCAGGGGUGUAUUUUUUAACAGGGCUUGUUAGGGAGAUAGUUGAGGCAGAGCAGUUUUCUGGCAUUGCUGUGGCUUUGACAGUGAAUAAAAAAAAAAAAAAAAAAAAUCGGGUUGGGAAGGGGUUCUGGGGGAGGUGGGGGGCAGUGGGUGCACCAGACAGGGCCGUGCCCUGGGCACAGCCCUGCUGAUGGCAGCCCUGGGCUGCAGGGACAGAGGGCUGGGGGCACAGCCCCUGCUCACAGCUCCCAGCGAGCAGCACAGGAGCUUGGUGAGGAUGUUUACAUGUUAGACCAGCCUUGCUAAAAGCAGAGACCUGAAAACGCACUUUAUCAUGUGCCCCCCUUAUUCUCAGAGCUCCCCCAGCCACUGGCCUUGCUGCUGGUGGGCGGGGGCUGCACAUUCCCAGGCACUGCCUCACAGGCAGAGCCUUGUUUUCUCAACAUGCUCCAAAGGACAAAAUCCCACUGACCCUUUCUGGGGCUUGCUUGGUCUUUGCUCAGUCUGCCUCCAGCCAAGGGCAAGGCCGAGUCAGGGCCAGAGGGGUUUUGCCUUAUAUUGUCACUCUCAAAAAAAUAGAUGGAUAAAACAAUCUCUUCAUUCAGGUUGAUUUGUAUUUGUUUACCUCGGUGUUAGCUAUGACCUGUGCUUUUAUGACUCAUUUGGAAUUGAGGGCUGCUGGUGGGUUUGGUUCACGCCCCCCCAGCCUCCUACAAGAAAACAUAAGUGUGACUUGUUGGUGACAAGCAGAGGGCAGGGACCUGACUGAUGGCAGCAGGGUUGGCCUCCAGUGUCAGUGUUGACCUUUCAGUCAUAAAUGUUCUGAGGUUUUCUAGUACACAAGUACCUAUAUACCAUAGCUAUAUAUAGAUAUACGUAUUUUUAAUAUACAUUUAUAUGUAUGCAGAUGUAUAUCUAUAUAUAAAUAUAUAUAGGCCACACAAUUCCAGACCUCUGAAAACACAGGCAGCUUUAAAUAAUAAAGUCUUGCACUUUUAGCGUAUUUGUACAUAUAAGCUAAAGCCUGGUGGGUAUAAUCAGGCUGAUUUGACAAACACAAUGAGAAGUUACUGUAUAUAUUGUAUAUAGUCCAUGCAAGAAAAAAAAAGAAAAUAAGAAAAACUCUAGAAUUGAGUAUAAAUCUUGGUUUAUUUUAUAUGAUGUUGAAUAUAAAUACAUUUAUAAAUGUUACUAUUCUUAAAAGUAUUUUGUAAUGGGAAAAAGUAAGUGUCUUAUGAACAGUAAAGAUUUUAUUCUUGUUUUGAAUCUAUGUCCCUGCACAGCUCCAUUGAAUGGGAGCUCAUGCAUUUUGACAAGCUUUAAACAGAUUGUACAUAGUAUUUAAAAAAAAAUUAAGAAGAAAUAAAAUAAUACUUGUAGGACCUCUUA